UUGAAAGCUACCAAAACUCUGUCCAUGUCGGUGUAAUAAGGAAAAUUGCUCGAAAUAAUGAAUUUAUGUUGUAAAAUAUUUAUUCAUUUUGUUGAUUGAUUAUUGAUUGGCGUUAAGACUCUCAACAGUUCAUUGAUAUUAGAUCUAUAAGUUUAUAGUCCGAAAAUGACGUGGGGAUUUGUUACUUGUGGUCCUAAUGAAGCUCUUGUCGUCUCUGGAUGCUGCUACAACAAGCCUUUGCUUGUGCCAGGAGGACGAGCCUUUGUAUGGCCUACCAUACAAUGUGUUCAAAGAAUUUCCCUCAACACCAUGACACUACAGGUGGACUCCCCGACAGUGUACACAAGUCAAGGCGUUCCGAUCUCAGUCACUGGCAUAGCACAGGUGAAGAUUCAGGGACAAAAUGAAGAGAUGCUGAUGGCAGCUUGUGAACAGUUUCUGGGAAAGUCAGAUCAGGAAAUUCAGCACAUUGCGUUGGCAACACUGGAGGGGCAUCAGCGAGCAAUAAUGGGCAGUAUGACUGUUGAGGAGAUCUAUAGAGACCGUAAGAAGUUCAGCAAGCAGGUGUUUGAGGUUGCGUCGUCCGAUCUGGUCAACAUGGGUAUCACCGUGGUGUCGUACACGCUCAAAGACAUCAGAGAUGAAGAGGGAUAUCUGAAGAGUCUGGGGAUGGCGCGUACUGCUGAGGUCAAACGAGACGCAAGGAUCGGGGAGGCGGAGGCUCGAAAGGAUGCUCAGAUCAAGGAAGCCAUGGCAGAGGAGGAGAGGAUGGCUGCCAGAUUCUUGAACGAUACUGAAAUAGCAAAGGCACAGCGAGAUUUUGAAAUCAAGAAAGCAGCAUAUGACGUAGAAGUUCAAACAAAGAAAGCUGAGGCAGAAAUGGCGUACGAACUGCAAGCAGCAAAAACAAAACAGAGAAUCAAGGAAGAACAGAUGCAGAUCAAGGUGGUAGAGAGGACACAGGAGAUUGCUGUGCAGGACCAGGAGAUACAGAGGAAGGAGAAGGAGCUGGAGGCGAUGGUCCGUCGACCUGCGGAAGCAGAAAAGUUCAGGCUGGAGAAGAUGGCUGAGGCCAACAGACUGAGGGUGGUGAUGGAGGCAGAGGCCGAAGCCGAGUCUCUGAGACUACGAGGAGAGGCCGAGGCAUUUGCAGUGCAGGCCAAGGCCAAGGCAGAGGCCGAGCAGAUGUCCAAGAAGGCUGAAGCAUUCAAGGAGUACAGAGAGGCUGCUAUGGUGGAAAUGCUGUUGGAGACACUGCCUAAGAUGGCAGCAGAGGUGGCUGCGCCGCUGUCCCAAGCCAAGAAGAUCACGAUGGUGUCGGCCGGCAACGGUGAGGUUGGCGCUGCCAAGCUCACCGGAGAAGUUCUACAGAUCGUCACCAAAGUGCCGGAGAUGGUCAAAAACAUGACCGGGGUCGACAUUAUGAAGGUUCACUUAGCCAACUUUAAGUAGGGUCAUCUUCACUUCAUUCAUCAACUGCACGGAUCGUCUGCAUACCAUCUCAUAGCCGUAGAGUAGUUUUGACUGUUGCAAAUAUAAAAUGAUUUUAAAUUAGUUAGGUACCCGUAUCUUUGUUCUAUCCCCAAUGUAAGCGGUUUUUUAAUUGAGAAGAGUUUUUUAAACUAUUACUGCUUGGUUUUACAAUUUUUUCCCUUUUUGAAUAAGUAAUUUGAUUUUAA